UGUUCUAGAAUUGUUUUGAAGAAUGAUGAGUUUUCUUCCAAUCUUGUUCAUUAAUUGUUUCUUUUGUCUUGGUAAAGCAACAGACUGUGGUGGAAAUCAUGUUACAGAAACCAUCAUUGUUGGUAAAUAUGGGCAAGCUGCAUUCCGUACAAUUCAAGCUGCCAUUGAUUCUGUAAAAACUAACAAUGAUCAAUGGGUGAAGAUUCAUAUAAAAGCAGGCUUAUACAUAGAAAGUGUUGUUAUUCCCAAGCACAAGCCUUGCAUAAUUUUAAAAGGAGAAGGUAGCCGAAGAACAAUCAUUAGUCAUUGGGACCACCAUUCGAUAAACAAUAAUGCUACAUUCCUUUCUUUCGCACCCAAUGUGAUUGCAAGUGGCAUUACUUUCAAGAACUCAUAUAAUGUUGCCAUUUAUAAAUCUAACGAUUUGAGAAGAAAAAUCGAACCAGCAAAUGCGGCAAAAGUAUAUGGAGAUAAAUGUUUCUUCCAUAAGUGUAGUUUUAUAGGUUAUCAAGACACUCUAUUUGAUCAUUCGGGACGCCAUUACUUCAAAGAUUGUUACAUUCAGGGCGAUACGGAUUUUGUAUAUGGUUACGGACGAUCUUAUUAUAGGAAUUGUUCGAUCAAGGUUAUGGGGAGAAAUCCAAAUUUACCAGGUUUUGUGACAGCUCAGGGAAGAAAGUCACGAGAUGAUCGUAGUGGUUUUGUAUUCGAAGGAGGUUCCAUUAAAGGGAAUAGUAAAGUGAAUUUGGGAAGAGCAUGGAGACCCUAUUCAAGAGUCAUAUUUCGUAAUACAUAUUUUUCUGACAUUGUAACCCCUCAGGGAUGGGUUGCUUGGACAGCCGCGAACAAUCCGAACACGACCACGUACGCUGAAGUUGAUUGUAAGGGACCAGGAGCUAAUACUUCGAAGCGUGUUCCGUGGAUGAAGAAACUAAGUUCUUCAGACUUGAAUGAGUUUUCGUUUGCAUCUUUUAUCAAUAGUGAUGGAUGGGUUGACAACUUAUCAACAAUAUCUUAAUAAAUUAUUUUAUUUUUCCUAAAUUGGGUUAAGGUGCUUGUAUGACUAUUGUUAAUCUUUGUGUACUCAACGAAGAAAUGUAGUAGUUUCUAAUAUGAACCAUCUUGUAUACCUUUAAUA